UCAUUUCACUUUUAUAAAAAAGUAAAAGUCAGCCCAGCGUUAUCAGGAAUGUGUAAAAAUUACAAAAAGUGUAUAUUAAUAAAAUUGUUAAGGUCGACUUAAUAAAAAAAUUGGCUUCAAACCGCUCGCGAUAUAUGAUUUUUAUUUAUUCCUAGAACCUUUCGAUUUACUGUAUUAUCACACCUUUCAACACUUGCGAACAUCAUGUUUAGCUCGAUUUAUACACGAUCCAAGUUACUGCACCAGGGCCUCAGAAGGUGUAUCAGCGAAGAUGUCAAGAAUCCGAAGACAGCCAUUGUUAUGUUGAAUAUGGGCGGCCCCAAGACCGUAGACCAGGUUGGCGAUUACCUCCUUCGCAUCAUGACAGAUCGUGACAUGAUACAGCUCCCGGUCCAGAGCAAGCUUGGUCCUUGGAUCGCUAGCAGGAGGACUGAAGAAGUGAAGAAGAAAUAUGAAGAAAUUGGUGGAGGUUCACCCAUCUACAAGUGGACCGACUUACAGGGUCAACUGCUCACCAAGACCCUGGACCAGAUGCUGCCGGCGACAGCUCCUCACAAACAUUACAUAGCGUUCAGAUAUGUUCCACCAUUCACUGAGGAGACCUUGGAUCAGAUGGAAUGCGAUGGUGUCAAGAGAGCUGUGAUAUUUUCACAAUAUCCCCAGUACAGCUGUGCGACCACCGGGUCCAGUUUGAAUGUGAUAGCUGAUUAUUAUAGGAAACGGCAACUGCCGGACAUCAAAUUCAGUCUGAUAGAGCGCUGGGGCACCAACAAGCACCUGGCUAAGGUCUUCGCUGAGAGAAUAAAGGAGAAACUCAACUUGUUUGAUGCCAACAUAAGAGACAAGGUUUUAAUAAUGUUCACAGCACACAGUCUGCCGUUAAAGGCUGUAUCCCGCGGCGAUACCUAUCCUCAUGAAGUGGCAGCUUCAGUAUCAGCUGUUAUGAAUGUGCUCAAAGUCAAAAACCCUCACCGACUGGUUUGGCAGAGUAAGGUUGGACCUCUGCCGUGGCUUCAACCUUAUACUGAUGAUGCUAUCAAGGCGUACUCGAAACAAGGUGUCAAACAUAUGAUUUUAGUGCCGAUAGCAUUCGUCAAUGAACACAUAGAGACGUUACACGAACUGGACAUUGAGUAUUGUGACGAGGUGGCUAAGGAGGCCGGUGUCAUUCAAAUAGAACGCGCUGCGGCUCCCAACGACCAUCCCAUGUUCAUAGCAGCGAUGGCCGACGUUGUGGCUAGUCACAUUAAUGGCGGUCCGGCGCUGUCCAGGCAGUAUCUAUCCAGAUGCGCUCACUGUACGAGUCAUAGAUGCAAAGCGUCCAAGGAGUUCUACAAGAAGCUGUGUGAUCAUGACUGCGACAAGGACAUGUGACUCGGUGGCAUUUAGUAACAAUAGUAAUUGAUUACAAGUUUUUGAGCGACUUUAUGUAUAGUUAUUUUCAAAAGGUCAUCACUGUGUGGGAUGGGUUAGUUUGGUGGGUAGUCGAUGAAAAUGAUUUUGGACUUCAGUGUGAGUGCACAGCAAUGUUUGUGGCCGGUGGAAUAAAUUAUUGUUGUGA